AUGGACGACGGCGUCGAUGUUUCGGCUCUUCUGGAUGAAGCCGUCAAUGGACCAAGUGAAAUAAAUGGAAAUACUCAAGAGAGUAAUGGGAAAUCGUUGGAAGAGAAAGUGUAAGUUGCAUUAAUUUGUUUUUAUCAGUGCUUUUAGACGAUCUCCUCGAAGUAGCGGGUCGAGCAAACGAGAACGAAGGUCCAGGUCUAGAUCUAAAGAUAGGAAAAAGUAAGGGCUCUACUUUUUUAAUUUUGUUACUGUUUUUAGUGUGAUUUUACUUGAAUAUGUUAAGUUGCAUUUUACAAUAUAUAAUUUCUUAUUCUUGACUAAAAAUUGAUUUCAGGGAGAACCGAGAUCGUGAUAGAGAGCGUGACCGAGAUAGAGAUCGUGAUCGCAAGCGUAGAACUCGCAGUAGAUCUCCAAGACGUCGAUCUCGGUAAGUUUCAUUAGCUUUUGACGUUGGAAGUUGAAACUUGGGUAUUUUGCUUUGAUUUUGGCUUGGUUGACAGGGUUCGAUGUGUCUGAGAUAAUGUUCAAGGGGUCGUUCGACUAUUUUUCAGUAUCGAUGAUCUUGAAACACCGAAAGAUACCUGAAUUUAUAUAUUAAACUUGGUCCUCAAUGACACAUUGAAAAGACCUGUCAACCAAGCUAACUUGCAAAAUUCUUUUUGUAAAUUCGUUAUAAAAAUUCUCAUAUCUCCAGAUUAACUCAUACACUGGCUGUAACUGUGUUUUGACCGGACUUGAGAGCUAAAUAGAGAGGCCGGUAAGAGCAUCAAAAUUUGGACCAAAGUCAGCCUGUCUAAUUCUAGGUUUCGGCGCGAAAUGGAUGUGUGGCACAAUCCUCCGUCCUUCCAAAUACCCCUCUUUGUCUCUUUUUCCCAAUCGGGAGAUGUCUGAUCUAUUUUUUCAGAUUUCCACACCGAGAUUUGCAAGGCCAACGAAUAUUGAGUUGCAUUGUAAUAUUUUAUCUAACUUUUUUCGAUUGCAGGCAUUCGCAGGUGUUGAGGAAGACGGAAUUGGGCUUUAUUUAGAACUGUAAAAUAUGUUUCGCAAUUUUUGAAAUUUGUUUUUUAGUUUUUGUUAUCCAAAAAUAUCAAAUCAUAUCUAAAAUAAGGUCCAAUUCUAAGCUUCCCGCCUUCUUCCAAAAACUAUUGGGACAUCACUCAAAACACAUUGGAUUCCAACAAUCUUCGGCUUUGUUUUCCCAUCAUAUUCGUUUAUUUUCAGCUCAAGAGACAGGGACAGAAGAAGGUCCCCGAGAAGAGAUCGUGAUCGUUCCAGAGACAGAGAUCGUCGACGCCGUAGCCCUCGACGCCGCAGCAGAAGUCCGGCCAAACCUGUAGGAGGUCGACUGCCAGGCCCUGAACGUCGAGAUGUGUAAGUUUUAUUUUUGUUUUUUCUUGCUUUUUAGGUCAGUCAUGGAUCAUAAAAAAUUAUCCGAAAGAAAUAAAAGUUUUACCAAAAUUUUUACAGAAUGCCCUUCUCAGCUCGCCGAUCACCUCCACCCGGUGCGAAUAUUGAUAUGACGCCUGAGGAGAGAGACGAACGCACUGUAUUCAUCCUUCAAUUGGCCAGAGACACUCGACCCCGAGAUCUAGAAGAGUUCUUCUCGAAGAUUGGUCAUGUUAGAGAUGUUCGAAUUAUCACGGAUACUAGGACCAGAAGAUCGAAAGGAAUAGCUUAUGUCGAAUUUUGGGAAAGAGAUGCAGUUACUUUGGCAAUGGGAUUAAAUGGCCAAAGAUUGCUUGGGGCUCCUAUUCAAAUCCAGCCAACUUGUGCGGAAAGAAAUCGCCUGGCUAACAAUACAGUAGGAUCGGCCAUAGGAUUUGGCCCAACAAAUUCGUUUGGACCACUGAAAAUUGCAGUCUCGAAUCUGCAUCCAAGUAUCAGCGAUGACAUGUUGAGGGCUAUUUUCGAACCAUUCGGACGUCUGGAGACCUGCAAAGUGGAUGUAACGAAGCCUGGAUGUGGUAUUGUGAGCUUCCGCAACGCGGACGAGGGAAAGAAAGCCAUGGAACAACUGAAUGGCUUCGAAUUGGCCGGAAGAAAUAUUAAGGUUGUGAAUGUGGAAGAAGAAACCCAAUCCAAGAUUGCGUCGGGACCACAAGGCGGCCUCAAAAGCAUGACGUUGACGGCGGAACAGCAGGCCGAACUAGCGAAUGUCCCCCCAUUCGCAACGGAAUGUUUUAUGUUAUCGAAUAUGUUUGAUCCGAGGACGGAAACGGAGGAGAAUUGGGACGAAGAUAUCCGAGAUGACGUGGUAGAGGAGUGUAAUAAUCAUGGAGGAGUGGUUCACGUGUAUGUGGACAGAACGUCGGACGCUGGAAAUGUGUAUGCGAAGUGUGCGAAUGUUUUGGCCUCGUAUAAGUCGGUCCAAGCACUUCAUGGAAGAAUCUUUGCUGGAAAGGUGAUCACCGCGAACUACAUUCCCCUUCAAAGCUACCACGACCUCUUCCCCGACUCCCGCUACUCAGUAGCGCCCCUGUUCUCACGACCAAGACAGUAA